AUGUUCUUGUUUACAGAUCACACCAUCCAGUCUGUUUUCUGCUGCUGCUGCUGCUGUGCGGUACAAAAACGAGCAAUGAGAACAAAGAUAAACGUGGACCCUGACACUGACCUGGAGACGCAGUACUCAGCCUCUCAAGCAGAAGAUUCAUAUGCACAUACUUGGAAGUGUAAGCGUAAGAAGAAAUUGCACGUAAAGAACAAGCCUUUACCUCCUCUACCUGCUGAGGCUUUUGAAGACUACACAAAGAAACUCAAAGUUAUUGCGUUAUAUGACUUUUUUGCAAGAGGACCCUCUGAUUUAUCACUCAAGCAGUCGGAAGAAUACAUUAUCCUUGAACAGUAUGAUCCUCACUGGUGGAAGGCCAGAGACCAGUAUGGGAAUGAAGGUCUAAUUCCUAGCAACUAUGUUACUGAGAACACAAAAAGUAAUUUAGAAACAUAUGAGUGGUAUUGCAAGAACAUCAACAGAAGCCAGGCAGAACUACUCUUGCGACAGAAGUCCAAAGAAGGCUCAUUUGUUGUCAGAGAUUCAAGCCAACAGGGAAUCCUUACACUGUCUGUGUAUUCACAAUCUAAAGGAAGUCAUGGUGGAGACAUUCGACAUUAUCAAAUUAAGAAAAACCAUUUGAAACAGUAUUAUGUAGCAGAAAAAUAUCUGUUCUCCUCUAUUCCUGAGCUCAUUCAAUAUCAUCAACACAAUGCUGCAGGUCUUAUCACCCGUCUCCGACAUCCACUCAGAUCAAUCAGAUGUUCUUCACCAGCAACAGCAGGAUUUAGUUAUGAGGAGUGGGAAUUGAACCCCUCAGAACUGACGUUUAUGAAAGAGCUUGGGCGUGGGCAAUUUGGAAUUGUUCAUCUGGGUAAAUGGAAAGCAACCAUCAAGGUUGCCAUCAAAAAAAUCAAUGAAGGUGCGAUGUCUGAAGACGAUUUCAUGGAGGAGGCCAAAUUGAUGAUGAAACUAUCCCACCCAAAGCUGGUCCAGCUGUACGGGGUGUGCACACGCCAGAAGCCUCUCUAUGUGGUGACUGAAUUCCUGGAGAAUGGCUGCCUGCUCAACUACCUGCGACAGUGGCGGGGGAAGCUCAGCAGAGACAUGCUGCUGGGCAUGUGCCUGGAUGUGUGCGAAGGGAUGGAGUAUCUGGAGAGAAAUAACUUUAUUCACCGUGAUUUAGCUGCAAGGAACUGUUUAGUAAAUGCUGAACACACUGUUAAAGUAUCUGACUUUGGCAUGGCAAGAUACGUCAUUGAUGAUGAAUAUGUCAGCUCUUCAGGUGCCAAGUUUCCAAUCAAGUGGUCAUCUCCUGAAGUCUUUCAUUUCAAAAAGUACAGCAGUAAAUCAGACAUCUGGUCAUUUGGUGUACUGAUGUGGGAAGUUUUCACAGAAGGCAAAAUGCCUUUUGAAAGUAAAUCAAAUUAAGUUGUGCAUGAGAUUUCUGCAGGUAACCGACUUUAUCGGCCGCAUUUGGCAUCACACACUGUGUACAAAGUCAUGUACAGCUGCUGGCAUGAGAAGCCUGAAGGACGUCCUACUUUUGCAGAAUUAGUGGAAACCCUCACAGAUAUAAUGGAGAUGGGAUAAUUGGGGAUUUUAUACAGGUGUAUUUACUGAAAAGUGAGCACUGAGCUGGCCAGUGUAGCGUAUGCUGAAAACUUUAGCCUUUUAAAGCAGUCUCUACUUAAGCUAUGGUAGCAGCAUCCCCAUAUUGAAGCUGUUUGGGCUUGGCCUAAUUUGGAAAGAUACCUGAGGGGACUGGAUUACUGGAUUUGUACUCUCAAGCCUUUAUUUCCAUGAAAAAUCUCCUAUCUAGAAAGAAGUAACCAAGCUUACUCACCACAUAAGCAUUUUUACUUAUUCUUUUUGUCAGAGCUACACUAAUUCCUGUAACAAUAUUGAUAAGAAAUGAUUUGUUACUUAAUAUGGCUCAUGCACAGGGAAAUAGUGAUUAGCAGCAGCAAAAGUGGUGGAAGAACCUGUGAAAAAAUUCCAGGACUAAAGGCAGAGACUUUUGCAUUGCAUAACACUGAAGGAAUGGAGCAGUUUCAGAGGUAACUCAGCCUCCAGGGCAGCAUGCGGAUUUUUGCCCAGACACUGCACUGCAUGUUGCUGGGGAUCCAAACACACAGAAGGGGUGGAGGCAGCAGUUAUCCUUUGGCAGCUCCUGACUCACAUCCAAACAGCUGGAAGUGCUCAGCACCCCUGAGGAACUUUAAUUCUGCUCAUAGGUAAAGGCUAAUUUUGUGUGAAACAGAGAGAACAAGUAAAGAUUAUUUUAUUCAAGCUUCUCCCUGAACUUUUCAUUGUCUUCCAUUCCUUGCUUGCUGCAGCAUACUCAAAUGCCCAUGCUUUUCUUAUUUCUCCUUCUGCAAGUGCCCAGAAUGGUGAACAAAGAAAGGCUGGAAACUGGCCAUUAAACAAAGUGUUUUGUGUUAGUUUAACUCAAAUAGAGUCUGUGAGACCUUACUUGCACCAUAUUUGUAACUGUGCUUGUUAGCAUAUCGUUCACUUCUACUUCUUAAUUUUGGUCAGUGCAAAUGUAUUACAGAAGAGGCAGGUGAAUUUGGUGAUUUUUCAAUACAGAGAACAAUCAGGUCAUUACAAAUAAAUAGUAGUUUAAAAAUGUGAUUGCGCUGUGAAUUAUUAAUAGGUAAGCACAUCAUAUUACAUUUUAUAGCAUAUCAUAGACAAAAUACUUCAAAGCCAGUAGAUGAAGAAUGAUGGAUGUCUGAACAAGUUAGUUUUUUCAUUUCCAUAUUUUAAAAGUAACUGAACCAAUACAAUCAAUCAUUCCAAGUUUUGGAUUUCCAGAAGGUGAUGACACCUUUGGGCUAAAUUCAUGGCAAUAAUAGUUCAUUUUUACUGCAAUAGCAUUCCAAUAGUUACCACCCCUUGGGGAAGGGAGUACUUAACUCUACCAUUUGGGAAUAACUUCACACACACACUUUUAAGAUCCUUCUGCUUGAGUGAAACAUGAUAUUCUCAUCCUUUUGUGUAAUCUGCUGAAAGAAUUGCCACCAACCUAUGGCUCUGUUUACUUUUAUAACUGACUUAUUUAUGAGCAUUCAGUUCCAUCUCAGACCUCUAACUGCAUACAAACCUAUACAAUGCUAUACAAAGCACUGCUUUGAGCUUAGUACAUGUUUAUGCCUGUAUUACAGUAAUUCAAUGCUUUUGAGCUCUACAAAAAAAAUUCAAACUGUAUCUGAAGUAUAAAUGCACUCAGGGACUUUUAAUAAUAUUAGAGGAAUAUUUUCCAACAGCUCUUGUAAAACUGGUUUUGCUACAUAUAUUACUGCAAGUUAAUAUGUAAUACCACAGUACCAUGCAAUAAAAAGGGGCUCUGGUAAGUUCAGGUUCUUGAAGCACCCUGCUUUUGUUUGCAUUGUUGAGUUGUCCCGUGGUUAUCUUUGACACACACUGGUCUCAGAUGGAAAGUAAUAUUUGCCUACCAUUCCUUCAUCUUCAGAAUUCCACCUUUCUGGAAGGUGGGCAAAUUAUGAGUGGGCUGAUGUCAGCACUCUGACGCAGAUGAAUUUAGUAGCUGAUAUCACAAGGCUGACAGUAAAUAAAUUAAAAAGCACUAUCAUGUGCUUCAGGAUCAGUGGAAUCAGAGUUUAAUCAGUAAGAAGAAAGGUCUGGCAGGGCGAAGGUUGGGUGUGUAGGGCAUGUUUACUUACUUGAGAAGCUAUACCCACAUAUAAAGACCAACAGGCCAACUUAGUCCUUGAGGUGGCUCCUAGUAUACCUCAAACCCCAGACAUGUAAAAAAAGAGAAAGAAAAGAUAGGUGAACAGUGAGAAUAACUCAUGCCAUUGAUAACAGUCAUAUGUGUCUGCUAGCUGUUUGGUUUUUUUUUUUCCUGAUAAACCUUUGAGUAUUUCAAAAGAGAUUUUUGAUAGAAAAUAAGAUAUCUGAGGAGCAGACGAGGCGGUUUGAUCUGGAGAAUAGAAGGCUGAAGGGAGAUUUCAUGGUUUUCUACAACUAUCUGGAAGGCGGUUGCAGUGAGAAGGAUGACACUCUCUUUUUCUCAGUGACAAGUUUAUAGGAUGUGAGUAAAUGGUCUCAAGCUUAGCCAGGGGAGGUUUAGAUUAGUUAUCAGGAAGUAUUUGAUAAUAGAGAGGGUGAUUAGACAUUGAAAUGGCCUGCCUAGGGAAGUGGUGGAGUCUCUGUCCUUGGAAGUAUGAAAGAGAUGUGUGGAUGUGGCACUAAGGGCCAUGGUUUGUACUAAAGGGUGGUUGGUUGGAUAUGAUAUUCUUAGGGGACUUUCCAAAUAAAUGGUUCUAUGAAAAGAGCAGUAAAGAUUGGAAGGAAGCACAGUGUCCCCGAAGGGCUGUUAAGAGUACUUAGCAAUGGCAAAAAUUUGGCCACUGUUUGCUCAUCAAAUAUCAUAAAACAGACUAACAGCCAGGUGAGACAAAAAAAAA